AUUGACUCUCUGCAACGCUCCUCCCCUCCCCUUGCCUUCAGGACAGGGUUGGUGAUUCUCUUCUGGAUCUUUGCUCUCGCUGCUUGCGUUGCCUUGCGUUGCGUUGCUCGCCCGUGUUCUUGAAUUGGGAUUGCUAGUGCUCCGGUGUUUGAUUUCGUGUCUCGUCGUCGUCCUCGCGGUCCCUGUCGCUGUGAGUGGUGCGUGCGUGACUGUUGUUGGUUCGCGUGUGCACUUGUUUGGGUGGAGUUUAGCGCAAGAGAGGAGGGAAGGAAGAGUGUUCGAAGAGAGGUGCCGGGCGACGGUGGGAAUCAGGCACCGCUAUCUGGCCGAGGCAGAGGCAAAGGCAGAGGCAGGCAGGCGGAGACGUAGAGAGCGGGGGCGAGAGAAGGGAAGGAAGAGAGAGAGAGAGAGAGAGAGAGAGAGAGAGAGAGAGAGAGAGGGAGAGGUUGCCUAUAGAGUCGGGGAGAUCUGUGUUAGGCUUCUUCUUGGUGAAGUGUAUGUUGGCAGCAGCGUCGUCGGCAGGGGUUUCCUUCAAGCUUGCUAUCAACGACGGACCUUCGGCUUUCCUGCUAGUGGAGCGUAUCGACCCGUUAAUUUGACGUGGUUUUUCAUCAUCGCGCUUCGAGGAUCUCUGUGACUGGCAUCGGGGAACCAAAGACAACUGAUUUGAUCGAACUUAGAAGUUUGUGUUCAGAGAAACAAUCUAAAGAGGUAGAUUCGAGAGCAGUUGGGAAGCGCUUGGCGGUGCUGGUGCCCAUGGCUUCGAAACGGAUUCUUAAGGAGUUAAAGGAUUUGCAGAAGGAUCCACCGACAUCAUGCAGCGCUGGACCUGUUGCCGAGGAUAUGUUUCACUGGCAGGCGACUAUAAUGGGUCCACCCGAUAGUCCCUAUGCGGGAGGUGUGUUUUUGGUUACAAUUCACUUCCCUCCUGACUACCCAUUCAAGCCACCCAAGGUUGCUUUCAGAACCAAGGUUUUCCAUCCUAACAUUAACAGCAACGGCAGUAUUUGUCUGGAUAUUCUUAAGGAACAGUGGAGCCCUGCUCUGACCAUAUCGAAGGUUCUGCUCUCUAUAUGCUCUCUGCUAACCGACCCGAACCCCGACGAUCCUCUUGUCCCUGAGAUCGCGCACAUGUACAAGACUGACAGGACAAAGUACGAGGCCACAGCACGGAAUUGGACACAGAAGUACGCCAUGGGUUGAGCGACAGAAUUGCUUAGCCUUACCGGGCUUUAGGUAUGGACUGCAUUAGUUCUUCGAUUUGGGAAGAUGGGUGGGACUGGGAAUGGUAUAACAGCGGAGGUGUCUGGAGAUUUCAACCAUGACUUGGCUGGGAUGAAGAGUUGGAAAUUGUCUGCUGAACCUCGCUGGCUUGCAACCUUUCGUACUGGCCAGGAUAGGUCCAAACGCAAUAUUUUAAUGUCCUCCCCUGUGUUCCCCAUGGGGAAGCCUCAGGGUGGCCUGCUCUUGUUUGGGAAAUGUUGACAGCUAUCUAAAACACUGGUGGUUAAGGUAGGCAGGUCUAUGUAUGUUUAAUGCCAUUUCUUGCACAUGUUGGUUCCAUUCGUUUGCUGUGGCGUGGGUUGAAUCUGGCGCAUUUUAAAGCUAAGUGAAAUGGAACAGCUGACUGGGAGCCAUACCUGGGGCUUAUCUUUUCUGCCGAUGCAGUUCUCAAGCGCUUGCCGGAACUGCUGUAUUUCUGGUAGAACUGGCGAAGUUUUUUUUCUCUUUUGUUCUUUCCCUUUAUGUAUAGGAGGGACUACUUGUGAGGUUGUGAUAAGAUCAGUGUUUUGGUAGACUACUCUUCAAGGUUUGCUUGAAGCACUAUUUUGAAAUGUACGCCUGUGAUUACUCGAUC